UGACAUUUCUUGUCACUUGAUACUUGAUCACGCAAAGGGAUAUUUCAUUAUUCUUUACAUCCUUUUUUUUUGUACACAACAAACAAACACUGAAGCCAAUGAAGCCAUAUCUGUAGCGAAAUGAUUGAAAUGAAGCCGCAAGUUGUUGUGUAAACUCUCAAUAAAGCAGUGCGAAUUUAAUAAGAGUUCAAUUUUUUUUUUAACAGAAGCCAUGUGAUUUAGUUACAUUUACCCACGUUGUGCUUACUUUCAUUAACGCUAAACUGCCAAUAAGCUACUAGAAACAUUAUGUACUGAGGUAAUUUGUGGUUGAAUUAUUGGGUAUAUUAAAAAGAAAACGAGGUUUGACAUCAAGAUGAUAGAACCGUGGAAUGAUGCUAAUCUUCAACCACCACCGGUUAAUACAUGCUCAAGUGAAACUAGUGCAGAUGUCAAAGAUUUACGGCAUAUCUGCAAUAAUAUUAUAUUGAUAUUGUCCAGACAGUCACCAUUACAUAGAGAAGGGGCGGUUUUCUCUAGACUUGUGUAUAAAUAUGACAAGAAGUUUCGACACGAUAUCGGCUACAGAUACUUUAAAAAAGUCAACAUUGGACUGAAGAGGUACUUGGCAAUUAAACUAUUAAAAGACAUAGAAAAUUUUGUUGGUAUUCUUCCAGAAAAAAACAAUGAUUAUUUACCUACUCGACAAAUGCUAGAAUAUAUUUUGGUUAGGUUAAUGACAUUCUCUAAGAUUAUGGUGAGAAUAUGUAUAUGUACAAAGCAGGCAGCAAUAUUUUAUUUGAAUAGAGUAAAGAAUGGAGAAAGUUACUGGAUGUCUUUAACGCCAUAUGCAUUGUUGAGCAGAAUUUGGUCAUUAAGUUUGGUUCUUACUAAACAUGCUGUUAGAUGGUACAACUCUUUACACCAGUAUGUAAACCAGUUACAAAUAAAAGGUUUGAAUUUCUUACCUGAAAAUUACACAUUACCUGACAAUUUAGAAUUAUGGCUCAAUAUGAAAAAUUUAGAUUGCUUUGGAAGAUUUGAAUGGUCUCAAAAACAUGGUGUUGAGAUUGACUUAUCGUUAGAUGAUGACAAUGAUAUUGGUAUAUUUGAGAAUUUACUUGGUCAUGUAAAUAAACUCUGUGAAGAUAAUCAAGAAAUAGAUUUAGGAUUAACUGUAAAUGAAAAGAGAGAUACUCAGCAAUUAGAUAUAGGUGAAACCAAAAUUGAUCAUGGUGAGGCAGUUUCUAGAGAUACUUUCAACAUGUUACUCAAUUGCCAAACUAAAAAACAAGCUAUAGUUUGUAAGCAUGAUAUUAAUGGUAUAAAAGAUACACCAACAUUGGAAACUUUUUUACACAAAGAAGAAAUAUACAGAAAUGAAAAUAAUGCAAUGUCUUUAACAAACCAUUUGAGUUUUAUGCAAUGGGAAUCAUUGAAAAGGGCAUUAAACAAUUUGCGUAAUACAUCAGGAAACAAGAACAUUGAAAAGAAAAUAAAAAAUAUCUGGAAAGAAAAAUGCUGUUGGAAAGAAAAAAAAACUUAUAGAUGGCCAAAUAAUAUCAUUCUCCAAACCCUCCUAAUCUUUUCUGUUGCUACUGCAAGGACUGUUUUUAUUAUGACUGGCAGUUCAGGUGGAUAUCACUGUUCAGACACGGUGAUUCCACAGAUAUGUCUGUAUGUAUAUUAAAUGAGUUUAAUGUAAUUUUAAUAAACCUUCACAUAUUUCGUUCUUAUCAUAGUUUCACUUCCUAGUAUCGAUUUAAACACCAUUUAACCAACAUACACAACGCGUUACAUGAGGUAAUACAGGCGUGAUAUAUGAAGAAAACUGUUACUAUGUGCUUUAUCAAUCAAUCAUUUUAGUGGUGGUAGGAACUCUUGUGAGUCCGCGCGGGUAGGUACCACCACCCUGCCUAUUUCUGCCGUGAAGCAGUAACGCGUUUCGGUUUGAAGGGCGGGGCAGCCGUUGUAACUAUACUUGAGACCUUAGAACUUAUAUCUCAAGAUGGGUAGAGCACUUAUGUCGUAAAUGUUUAUGGGCUCCAGUAACCACUUAACACCAGGUGGGCUGUGAGCUCGUCCACCUAUCUAAGUAAUAAAAAUAAAAAAAACGUUUUCAUAAUAUUCUCGGAUGUUUUAAAUCGAACUAGUUAUUAAUCUACAAACCGUCAAGUUGUUUUCCUAAAUUAGUUAAAUUCGAAGCGACAUCGGCAAAGUCGAUGGCAGCGGCUCGGGUGACGUCACCGGGUUCCGGCACCGGCAGCACGCAGGUGGCCGACAACGCGCCGCCCGUACAACGCAUGUACGUGCGAACUAUGAAGUGCAAUAACGUCACGUUCGAUUGCUUCGACUAAAAAACACAAAAACAAAGUUUUUAGUAUAGCAACACUAAAACAAAAAUAUCAAUUUGAGUUAUUUAAUUCAAAAAUAUUUAAUUAC